AUGAUGGUCAGGUGUGUUAUCGAAGAUCAACAGGUGGAUAUCGUCAAUCUUUAUCAACACGCCUGGAGCGUCAGAACUGCUGAACAAAACCAGGUUCUCGUGCAGCAGCGCGCUUCCUUCUGGUCAGAGUUGGAUAAACUGCUGAGCUCACUACCGUGGAGGUCCACGGUGGUGCUAGCUGGGGAUUUCCAUGCCGUCCUGAGGCGGGAGCGGGGUGUGACGGGUUUUGGCAUCCAUGCAGGCGGGCAGCAACCGGAGAUGGUAAGAGACAGGGAAAAGCUGAUGCGUGUUCUGGCGCAGCACAAAAUGUGUGGCCUAAACACUUGGUCGGAGAAGGCCUACACGUAUGAGCAUCCACAGGGGAAAUCCCAAAUCGAUUACAUUCUGGUUCGACGGUUCUCUGCGGAUGGACUAGCUCGACAGAGCAAACCAGAGGCGACCAUUAUGGCUGGUUGGCGAUCGGCAGGGCAUUGGCCACUGAGGGCGAACAUCAAGCUGCGUUGGAGACCGUGGCAGGCGGGGAUGGGAGAAAUGCAGCAGCGUGCGGAACGCCGGAUGCGGAGCUUGCAGCGCAACGUGGGGACUCCAGAAGUCUUUAUCAGUAUGUUAGGCAAUGUGAUGACACCGGCUCAAGAAUGCCAGCAGCUCGCGGGAUAUGCCAAGACGCUCUUUACUGGCGAGUCCUUUGUUGCCAUCGCUAAGCAGGCGCUAACCGGAGACAACCCCAAAGUACCAGAUGAAUGGCAUCAGGUGCAGCUGGCAUGGCUUCCCAAGCCUGAGGCAGGCAACCUUCGCACGGUGGGUCUGAUGACUCCGGACUGCAAGGCUUUCCUCAUGAUUGUCAAAAAGCAUGCCAAUUCCUAUGUUCAGGCAAAGAUGUGUGAGUAUCCGCAGUACGCGUACAGACAAGGAGCUUCUACGUCGGAUCCCAUACUAAGGGCGAGCCUCCACUGUAAUCGAGUUCGGCAGGAUCUGGCAUCUUGCGCUACAGAUCUCACCUCCAAGAUUCUUUACCAGGCGCAGCCGGAGCUUUGUGACGGAGUCAUGGCUAGCUUGGAUUUGCGUAAAGCCUUUGAUGCGCUACCGUUCUCCGAAAUGCACCUUGCCUUGCUGUUAACGAACAUGCCCAACGAAAUCGCUGCCCUCAUCAUGGAUGUACAUGUACGCACCAUGCUGCACAUUCGACAUGGAGGUGAAUGUGGAAACACGAGGAUGACGCGGGGCCUCAGGCAGGGUUGUCCCAUUGCACCCAUGAUUUAUGCUGCAUGGACGUGCCGGCUUUGCAGACUUAUCAACAAAGCACUGGGAAAACACUGGACAUCUGAGCAUUUGAGCAUGUACGCAGACGAUAAGAGUGGGUUCUGGCGGGUGCAUUCGGUGGCUUCCUUUCGCAAAGCAUUGUAUCAACUGCAGGUAGUGACACAAGCACUUCGGGAUGCGAAAAUGGAGGUGAAUGUUGGUAAAUCCGCUGUGGUAGUAGCACUUAAAGGCACCCAGGCGGCCAAAGUUCUGCGAGCGCAUACUCGUAUGUGGAAUGGAGAGCAAUGCCUGGUACUACAUCGGUCCGACAAGAGCACCUACAUACCGCUCAAGGAGAAGCUUCCCUACCUGGGCGUCGUGCUAUCUUACAAGCAAUUUGAGCUUCAAACUGCGCAGGCCAGAUGCGAGCGGGCGGAGAAGCUCUUUGGAUCUCUCAGGCUUCGCAUUUACAAGGCAUGCAUUAGUCCUGCUAUGCAGUAUGGUAUCCUGGCUGUGGGGGUGAAUCAGGAUAAGACAAUCGAGACCAUCAUCAAGGAGACCGAGGCUGAAGAGCAGGCAUGGCGAGUCGCGUGGAGGGCGGCGCAAUCGGAGGCGAAGAGCAUGUGUGCGACGUUCACCUCUCCAUGUGCAUACUGUGAUGUCGUGCUGAAGCAGCCACAACGCCAUGCCGAGAAAUGCUCUGCGUACUUCCAGGUUGCGGCUGUGCGUCACCUACUACGGCAUGCUGAAGAGAAGGACAUAGAGACUGUACUUAAGCCGACAGCGCUCAAACAAUCAGAAACAGUCCCGAAGUACACCAACUUCAGCAUUGCAGGAACGCCGCUGGGCAAGUUCCUCGUUCGGACGAAGGCAGAGGAGCGAUCAGCAUCAAACCCAGAUGUACCGAAGUCGACAAUGGCGCAGGCGUCGGAGACCAGAUGGAUUUCCACUCCGAAAGGACUCAAGGCGGCUGACUCCUCGGACGCUGCCACAGGGCUACCCAGAUCAACAGGGGGUGGUAGCUGCAAGACGUAUGUGCCGGACAUGUUCAGGUUGAGCACGCGGGCUUCAGAGAUGCCAGGAAGACCAGAAACGUAUGCACUCCAGAUGGCUAUCGUGGAUUCCAUAACAUGGCCGUGCCAUCUGAAGCUUCACAACCCUCACAGUUUGUUGUGCUACAUUAACUCCGGCAUGGUGGCACUCUUCCAUACCUAUGCGCUGCAGGAUACAGCUGAGUUCAUGCAACAUGUCUUUGAGCAGGGUGGCUUGCCGAUUCCGAUGCAGCUAUCGAAUGUGGAGGCCACGCUGCAACAGGUCAUCAAUGGUUGGUUUGUGCAUGGCAGACAGAACAUGUGUCCGAUCUCCGUGGACGAGGUGCUCUGGUGCACUUGGGGCACAAUCCACAUCAAGGUCAUUAUCGCAGCUUACUUCGAGUCGCGAGCUUAUGGCUGUAUCAGGAUGAUGGAUGCCAGGCUCAGCCGGAGAGUCUCAAUGCCAUACACAAGCGCCAUGGGUACUUGGUAUGGCUGCUCAAGUCCAGUGCGUAGCAAAGCGUUCCCCCCGAUCUUUGUCAGAAUGGAUGCGAUGCAAGAGGCGGAGAUGUUCUUCUUUGAUCAAUACAUGCCGAAUCCCACUAGGCCUGCGUCUGACGAAGCCUCUACGGGCGGUGAAUCCGAGAUCUCGAAGGAUGCCAGAGGGGCAAAAGCAGCUCGAAUGGCUGCCAACGGUGGUAAGGGAGACACAGGAGGACAGGGCAAAGGUCGCAAUGGGGGCCGCAAGCGCGGAGCGCAACCCUGGGCGGACAGAGGCAAUCCGGCGGGGGAAAAUCGACAAUGGGACAAUCGGCCUUGGAGGCCCCGAGACAGGCCGGACGCUGACGUGCGUCAGGCCAUACAUGCUCUGCAGAAGUUGAUUCUCAGACAUGAAGACAGCAUAAGUGCAUUGAAGAUGGAUCAUUCCUUUGUCGUCUUCUUUCGUGUGCAGUCGCCCAGCUCCAUUGUGCCGCAGAUGAGCCGCGCUCAGCAGCUCAAGUUGAUGAAUUGGUUGGUUCCAACGGACAACACCGAGAACCCAACUUGGGCAUAUCUGCGAUGGAACAGCGAGCGCAACCGCUUGGAGCCGGAGGUGGACAAAGCGGGGCUACCAUAUGUCCAAGCCUUGGCCACGGUGCAGGCGAUCAUCAAGCUCGUGGCCAUGGAGGGCACGGUCACCACGUUCCAUCCGAAAAGGCCUUUAACACCACAGAUGGCGGGCGAAUCCCUGGCAUGUGAGCUACAGGUUGGCACCCGGAGCAAGGAGGCCCACACAUUGCAUGAGUAUCUGACGCAACUUAGCCAUUCGGCGGCGACGCAGCUCAUCGGCGCCAGCAUCAGGCUCUUCUUGACUUGUGGUGGAUGUCGCGAAUGCGCACUGGGGAGUGGGAUGAGCCCGCGGGCUCACGUGAUGAAUGCUGUCGUUUACCUGGCCUACAAGCAAGCCACUUGGCCAGUCCGGCGGCGGAUUGGCCAACUUUUCGGACAGGCUGCGUUCAGGCCUGCUGAGACUCCGGAGGGGAUGGUUGAACUGCAGGCUCAAAAUGCGUUGCAGGAUGGUGUCAUCUCCUGGUUCACAUUGCAGGAUAUGUUUGACAAACUUCCACCGGACAACAUGGACAGAGGCGAUGCAUCAAAUUCAGGGGAAACCACUCUGGAGCCCAAAUCCUUUACGGUGGGAGGCUUUGCUCAUUCGUCGUUCAUGGGUUUGCGGAAGUAUACAUUACGCUUUCCAUGGUUCACUGCCUUGCUCACAUCCAUCAUUAGGUACAUCAGCCCUGGACAUCGGUUCACGACGAUCGCGUUGUCCAGAAACGUGAUGACAAUGAUGCAUACGGACAGCCAUAACGAGGAGUGGUCUAGCAAUCUCGUGGUGCCGUUUUCGGAGUUUCUUUCCGGGCAGCUGUGGUUAGAACAUGUGGAUGGAGACGUCAAGCUUUCGGCGCAUGGGCCGACUGGCAGAAUGUUCUCAACGCAGGCUCCUCUGGGUGGGGCUGCCCAAGCUGUCUAUGCGGGUGGACACUUCUUCUGUAGCGCUUACCUGGCGCCGGUCGAGGGAGCCCAGGAAGUCAUGAAAGAGAUUGGUAAGAGGUGCAUUGACUACUUCUUUGGUACUCUCCCUAUGUGUGAACACUUCGUGCAGUCCCCUGCCCCAGUGCUGCCUGAGCCACCGCCGGAGCUAAGGGAGAAGUUCUUGGAAGCUGUUCAACAGGCAUGGAUCAAACAGAUUCUCCCUGAAAAUGUCUACGGAGGUGUGCCGGGCAAAGGGAUUCAGGAUGCGGCUGGGCAACUCCUUAAGGCCGCGCACGAGGGAUGCUUCAUUGCCUCAUUGGAUUUGGAAAAGGCUUUCGAUAGUACCAGCCCAAAGCUUGCGAUUUGUAUCAUGAAGCGGCUAGGCUUGUGUGAAAGACUGGCGGCCUUGCUGCUCGACGUCUGGGAGGGACAAGCCAGGCACCUACAGCUCCUGGGCGACACGCUCCCAGGGGGAGUGUUGGUCAAGGACUCGCUACCACAAGGCGACUCCUGGUCCAUGCUAGCCAUGACAGCGGUCCUGCUUCCGGCAAUACAGGACAUCAUGAAUCGUUUCCCAAGCGUAUGCCAGAUCAACUUUGCGGAUGAUCGUACCUUCGCCAGUCAAUCACCUGCUGAGCUUCGUCAGGUCAUGGCUGCACGGGCCUCUUGGGCCCACACCUUAGGCCUGAAAGAGAACAGCGGAAAGGCGCAAAUCUUCCAUGCCACAGUGAGAGGGUCAGAGCAUCCCGAUGCUCAUGCCUACCAGGUUGAUGUGAAGGAGCUGGAGGCGGUGUUCCGCAGGUUGCACAAGAAACA